CCCUGCCCACGGUGCCCCGCCCCUUUCCUGCUUCUGCGGAGAAGGUUGAUGGCAGUAGUUAUUUGGCUCUUUCGAGUAGUUUGUGAGUAGUUUCCUGGAUUGUGCCUUCCAGAUGUUUUAGGCACAGAAGUUUUCUGGAAUAUUCAACAAGUCGGAAUUUGACCCUCACUUCACCUUCGUACUUUCACCAACGCAAGUUUUGAUGAGAUGAUGAGAACCGGAGGAAUAUUGAAACUGAUAGCCCUGCUCUCCGUCUUCCUCUUGGCAGCAUUCCUGGCUUUUCAUCUCUUAGAGAUUAACAUGGAUUUUUCACGUAUGUUAGUGAAAUCUGGAGCCAUGGAAGAGUUUACAAAGCCGGCUCGUUACAAGUGUGGUCUAUAUAAACUCUGUCCUGAGGACCAUUUCUCCUUCAAAAUGGCCAGUGGAGCUGCCAGCAUCGUUGGGCCAAAAGUCUGCCUAGAGGAUGAUAUAUUGAUGAGUGGUGUUAAGAACAACGUGGGAAGGGGUCUAAACAUUGCCCUAGUGAAUGGAAAGACUGGUAAACUAAUCAAGACCGAAUCUUUCGACAUGUGGGCUGGAGAUGUCAAACCACUUCUCCAGUUCUUGCAGGAUAUUGAAGAGGGGACAGUGGUCAUGAUGGCUACUUUUGAUGACGCUUCUACAAAACUUAAUACUGAUGCACGGAAGUUAAUCUCAGCAUUGGGCAGUUCGUAUAUCAAUUCACUAGGCUUCAGGGACAACUGGCUCUUCGUUGGAGGAAAAGGAAUCAAAACAAAGAGUCCUUUUGAGCAGUACAUUAAGAACAAUGGUGAGACCAACAAGUAUGAAGGCUGGCCAGAAGUUCUGGAAAUGGAAGGAUGCAUUCCUCGGAAACGCGAUUGAUCUCCUCUUCAUCACACUUCUCAGACCAAGCGAUUGUCUGCGUGUCCAGUCGAUCAGAACAGAUGUUUCUUUCAUAACAUUCACUUUUUACUUCUAUAUGCAAAAGAUUCUUACUUUUAAUGAAUAUGUAAUUAGUUGGAAUGGAGGAGAACAGAAGGCAGGACAUGAGGAGAUGAUGCAGUAUGGAAAGGUAGAUGUGUUCUGCUGUGUAUUAGAGGGAAGAUAAAGAGGUUUGUGUAUUGUUGUAUGUUUUGUAACUUAAAGGAAAAGCUGUUGUGCUUGUGAUGAGAGAAUGUGACUGGUGCAGAGAGCUACUGCUACAGCUGAGAAUAGGAAUCAUGUUUUUUAUUUACGUUCAGAUGUGAAAUGAUUUCCAGUCUGAUUGGCUCGUAACUCAAUAGGAAUCGUUUAGAUCAUUAUGAGGUUCACAACCAACCCAAAUCUGUGCAUUAAUUCGCUCCCUGCACUUUAGAGCUUCUUACCGAGUUUCCUGCUGUCAGAAAGAUGUUUGUGUUUGUUUGAAUGCUUUAUUUCUUUUAUUCUCAGUGUGAAUGUGUGAGGAUUAGACUUAAAACUUCUCAUUUUAAUACCUGGGUGUGUGGAUGGACGUGAAUGUCAAAACUUUAUAUAUAUAUAUAUAUUUAAUUACCA